AUAGGAUAAAUCAAAAUGCCCGAACCAGCGAAGUCCGCACCCAAGAAGGGAUCAAAGAAAGCCGUAACCAAGACGGCAGGAAAGGGAGGCAAGAAACGCAGAAAGACCAGGAAGGAGAGCUAUGCUAUCUACGUGUACAAGGUCCUGAAGCAGGUCCACCCCGACACCGGUAUCUCCUCCAAGGCGAUGGGCAUCAUGAACUCGUUCGUGAACGACAUCUUCGAGCGCAUCGGAGGAGAGGCUUCUCGCUUGGCUCACUACAACAAGAGGUCCACCAUCACCUCCAGGGAGAUCCAGACCGCAGUGCGUCUGCUUCUGCCCGGUGAGCUGGCCAAGCACGCCGUGUCCGAGGGAACCAAGGCCGUCACCAAGUACACCAGCUCCAAGUAAAUAUACUUGUGAACAAAGUCCAACGGCUCUUUUAAGAGCCACCCACAAUACGUUAAGAGCAUUUCCAUGAUUAGAUUUCAUAUCUAUUUUGAGUCAAAGCGCUUGCAUGAACGUUGUGAUCACAUCGAUGUGUGCCUGCCUACGGCAGGGUAUGAACAUUUGCUAUAUCCGCAUACGAUACGGCGAACCAUGCUAAGCUCGUGGUAACUGGCACAACAAUGAGUUGGCUAAUUGCACGAAGUACAUGCAACAUUUCUACGUUGCUUACAGAGACUGUCGGUGAGACUACUUGUGCAGCCGUAUUCACUGAAUGUAAAGGGUGUAGGUUCUGCAACUGCAAGACUUGUGUUGUAUAAAUUAC